GCAGCUUCGCGUGCGGGGAGGCGAAGAUGCACCUGUCUUCACCCACAGGAAAAGGUGAUGAUCUAAAUGGGAUGGUCCGAGGAUCAUACUGGAAACCAUCGGUCUUACAUCAGGCUUAAUCCGACUUAGGAACCAUGAUGUGCUGGGGAGGUCGAUCUACCUCCACAGUCGGAUAGCCAGGGACUGUGUCCAUCCUGCCGCAGCCGACCUCCUGGCAUAUGCAAACCUACUUUCAUUCACUUCCUCCAUAAUACCGAACUUCACUCUCACCUGCAUUCUAGAAUGACGGAGUUCAAGUCAUCCAAACCUAGGUCCUACCAUGGUGUCCUCGGGCCGGCAACCAUCGGGGGCGGCACGACAUUCGUCCUCGCCACCUUCGGCUUCCUCUGCUUCCUCUGGUUCGGCGAAGGCCCCGGGGAUGGAGACGGAGCGUCUGCCCCCCGGAGAUGGAUCGUGCUCGCCCGACACGUCACCAAGGCCAUCACCCUCCUCAUUGCAGGCAUCGUGCUGAACAGACACGGCAUUCCCCUGCCACACGACACCGAAAUACAAGUUAUCCGUUUCACGAAUGACGGGCCUCUGAGGCUAGAAUGGCUUCUGGUCACGUCAGCCCGGAGUUUGGCUUCUCAAGCCGCCGUCUUCCUCCUGAUCACCACCGUCGCCGUCCAGCCUUCCUCUACGUUUCUGGUGUCUGACCUGGGCUUGAAAACCUCGGCAGAAGACUUCAGGAACAUAACUCUGAGAAUGCCCAUUCAGCCACGAGGUCAUCUCGCUGAACCGCUAAAUGAAUCCCUGAAUCCUCCGGUCGACUGCCUACACGCCCUUUGGCAAAACAUGACCACGCUCCGACGAUAUACGGGAGCCGCGUCUGACUUCGAAUCCCCCUUACUGCGUAUGCGCCCCUCGGACACGAGACCUUUCUACCUAUCUGCAACCAGUAACUUGUCAUACGAAGCCACAUUCCGCGAUGCGCGCUUGCCGUUGCCGGUGGACUGUAAUAGCGGAAGUUGCUUCACCUCGAGCUCCAGGUGCUCGUUACAGCAGUUGCAGCUUGCCCGGACGCAGACAAAUCAGUCGGACAAAAUUGCUCUUGAAGAGGCUGGACUAUGUGUUAUUCAUGGUCGUAUCUAG